AUGACGCAAGAUAUCCAGAAUACCCAUGGCGACGAUGUCACCGUCACCAUCAAGACGGAGACAACCGUUCAAACAGACGAAGUUACCACUGGGAGCAGCUCGCCCGUUGCAAACGGUGUGGAGACGCCGAACGACUUCGACAACGGGGUUGCCAUCCGGCCCAAUGCUGCAGAAGACAUUCCAGACCUGCUCAAGAAGGUCAGCUCACUCGGUGCGGAGUACGCUGGAAACACCGAUGAGGACCUCCGCGCGGAGUACCUCGAUGCUGCGCGGCAUCUCGUCUACGCGCUCGAGACUCCCCGUGAGGCCAUGAUCAGAUACUGCUGGUCUCAGAGCACGCUCUACGCUGCUAUCGAAACAUGUGUCGACCUCGGCGUAUUUCCCAUUCUCUCCAAGGACGAUACCCCCAAGACUGCAGAAGAGCUCGCAAAAGCCACCGGUGCUGAGCCUCUUGUUCUUUCUCGACUUCUUAAACAUCUCGGUACAAUGGGCGUAAUCGCCGAAGCCGGUGAGGACACCUACCGCCGCAACGGCUUCUCUACCUCCCUCGCCAUGAAGCGAUACAGCGAUGCCUAUCCCUGCAUGACUGGAUGCAUAACAAGCGGUAUCCUGGCCCUCCCCUCCCACCUCAAGAAAACCAACUAUGCCAACCCCAGCAACGGCGUCAAGUCCGCCUUCCAAGACGGAUUCCGCACCUCCUCGCACUUCUUCGAAUUUCUCAAAGAGAACCCCGCCCACGCUGAGCAGUUUAAUAACCACAUGACGGCGUACCACCAGGGCCGUCCCAGCUGGAUGGACGAGGGGUUCUUCCCUGUCCCGUCUCUGACGGAGGGAUUGGAUAUCAGUGCUGACGACGUCCUGCUCGUCGAUGUCGGUGGUGGCGUGGGACACGACCUCACUGAGUUCCGACGCAAGUGGCCCAACGUUCCUGGCCGGUUGGUUCUCGAGGAUCUGCCUGAGGUGAUCGACCAGGCCAAGGCGCAGAACCAGGCUACCGGAUCCUUCAUUGAGCCGGUCGUGCAUGACUUCUUCACUGAGCAGCCCGUUAAAGGCGCCCGAGCAUACUACAUGCACUCCGUCCUACACGACUGGGCCGACGCCGACUGCCGACGCAUCCUAUCUAACCUUGCGCAGGCUAUGAAGCCCGGGUACAGCAAGAUCCUGAUCAACGAGAACGUGAUCCCGAGCACGAACGCGUACUGGGAGACGACGAGUCUGGAUAUCAUCAUGAUGGCGGACUUUGCGUCGCAGGAGCGCACGGAGAAGCAGUGGCGCGAGCUGACUGCGUCUGUGGGGUUGAAGAUUGUUAAUAUAUGGACUCGACGGAGGGGGGUGGAGAGUUUGAUUGAGUGUGAGCUUGCUUAG